GAGCGACGCUGCUGACCUGAUGCUAUUCAUUCGACUGUAAACCAACCUUUGCUUUCUUCUCCUACCUCCAUUCGGUCCUUUCCCUCCCCCGUCGCGCCCAGGUUCUUGCGCCCCGAGCCACCCCUGAGUGGAGUCCUCUUCCACCAUGGAUAUCCAGGAGACCCAGCGUCUCCUUUCGGAGUACCUUCAUGAGCUCGCAGACCUGUUCCAUCGUGUCCCCGGCUCGGCGAUCUUCCUUCGUUACGUCAAGUCCAGCUACCAGGAUGAUCCGAUUCGAUCCGCGGUCGAGCUCUUCCUGUUCCUGUUCGCGUUGCGCUAUCUUAUGGCCCCGAAGUACUCGACUAAACCCGGCGUCGUCCAACUCUCCGAAGACGAAAUCGAUGACUUGGUGGAUGAGUGGACGCCCGAGCCUCUGGUGGGAAAGCCAACCCCAUUGGAAGCUAUGGAGGUUGAGAAGCGCACGGUGAUUGUUGGUCCCGUGGGUCCCAAGUCUAAGCUGAGCAAUGGUCGGACGGUCGUCAAUCUCGGUUCCUACAACUACUACAACUUCAACACGAACGAGUCCCUGAAAGAGAAGGCGAUCCAGACUCUCCGCAACUAUGGCGUCGGGCCUUGCGGUCCCCGCGGCUUCUACGGUACCCAGGAUGUCCACAUGAAGACCGAAGCUGAUGUCGCGUCUUUCCUCGGCACUGCAUCCUGUAUUAUCUAUGCCCAGGCCUUUUCGACCAUCUCCAGUGUGAUCCCCGCGUUCUCGAAGCGCGGUGAUAUCAUCGUUGCAGACAAAGGCGUCAGCUUCGCUAUUCGCAAGGGUAUUCAGAUCUCUCGUAGCAUCGUCCGGUGGUAUGAGCACAACGAUAUGGAGGACCUGGAAAGAGUCCUGGCCAAGGUCACCAAGGAACAAGCUAGAAAGCCUCUCACGAGACGAUUCAUCAUCACGGAGGGUCUGUUCGAGUCGUAUGGUGACAUGGUUGAUUUGCCCAAGAUUAUUGAGCUGAAGCUCAAGUACAAGUUCCGCUUGGUCCUCGACGAGACCUGGUCCUUUGGCGUUCUCGGACGGAGCGGCCGUGGUGUCACUGAGCACCAGAACGUCGACGCGGCAGAGGUUGACAUGAUCGUGGGCUCGCUGGCCGGCCCAUUGAUUGCAGGUGGCGGCUUCUGCGCGGGUUCGGAGGAGAUCGUCCACCACCAGCGUAUCUCCGCUGCUGCAUACACUUUCUCUGCGGCACUCCCUGCUCUUCUGUCUACCACCGCUAGUGCCACGAUUAACAUCCUCCAGAACAGCCCUGAGACCGUGACACAGCUGCGGGAGCACACCAAGGCCAUGUGGGCCCAGCUGGAUCCUCGCAGCGACUGGGUGUACUGCACCAGUGCCCCGGAAAACCCGAUGAUGAUUCUGGUCCUCAAACCCGAAGUUGUGGCUGCGAAGAGACUCUCUCUCGAUGACCAACAAUUUUUGCUGCAAGACGUCGUCGAUGAGUGUCUUGCAAAUGGCGUCCUGAUCAGCCGUCUAAAGACCCUUCAGGACAACUUCGAGCCGAAGCAGAUUGUCUCUCCUGCCCUGAAGGUCUGCGUCACAACCGGCCUGACCAGGAAGGAGAUCGAAAAAGCAGGAACGACGAUCCGCCACGCCAUCACAAAAGUUCUGAGCAAGAGGAAGUAGAGUCUUCAUCAUUAUACGCUCGCCCUUCUCACACCCCCUUCGGCCUUAUACAGGGAGAUGGCCAUGAACAUUAAUGCUCCAACGAUACGCCCAUUGCCCCCUUAUUCCAUUCUGCCACAUCCUCCUUGCUCUUCCAGUCGGUAAUAGAACGCCAUUACAUGGUUCUUUGUAUAGCAUAUUGCACAGUGUGAUGGUACGACCCAAGUACUUUUUUUCUUUCAGAGGGAAAUGAGGAGUUUGUUUAUUCCAUGCUCUUCCGGAAAUGGCUUCCUUCUACUCUUUUUUUGCAGAUAUUCUCACUUGCCCUUUUCAUAUUUCCCCUGUGGACAUUAUUAGACAUAACAUUUUUUUUAAUAUCAAUUCGAUUUCUGCUCG